AUGUCCCUGCCCGAAGCGCAACCAGCCAUGAAACAACAAGAGGCCUUGAAGCAACGCUCGGAUGACGUCACUUACCUCAACGCGACAACCUCACUCCUUCUCAUGCUUCCGGCAGAAAUCCAAAUCGAGAUCUUCGACUUCGCAAUUUCCCCUAGCACUAUUAUGCUAUAUCAAGAAUAUAAUCACCAUACGGACAUUGCCAAACCUAAGCACCGUCAUGCCAUACCCCUACUCUUUGUCUGUCGCCAGAUCCACUCAGAGGUCGCCAUACUACCCUACAAGGUCAACGUCUUCCUUCUUAUUGUAGACUGCUAUCUAGAUCUCGCCGACUUCCUUAAUUAG